AUGUCGUCGCAGGAUCUCUCGAACACCACCUCGAACACGACCUCCCAGACGAGCAGCACGAGCACGGAGCCCGAAGGCGGCUACCCUCCCCAGCUGCACGCCGGCAAAGUCGGCUACGGGCCCGAGUUCGGCAAGGGCGUCUCCACCGGCACGAAAGUGUCCGGCCUGAAAGAGGAGGUGAUGGGCAAGGUCAAGCACGACCCGAGCCUCGUCCAGCACGGGCACGAUAUGCGCACGGGCCAGCUCGCGCGGAAGGAGCGCGAGGAGGCGGAUAAGGAUCUGUUCCCUGAUGAGGGCGCGCAGAGCGGUGAUGCGCCUACGCCUAGCAAGCCUAGUAACGUUGACGCGGGGAGAGAUCAACCCGCGGCGGCGCAGGACAAGUUCGACCAGGAGCGGUCGAGUACGGUUGAGGCGGAUCGGGACGCUGUGCCGGAGAGGGACCAGCAUGCGCGGGAGAACGUGCGGAUGGUUUGA